GUGGAAGUCGUGCUUCCAAAACCUCAUGCUAUGAAAAAAAUUCAGGAAAUAUUUCAGGAUCCCUCUCAUCCUACAGUCUAUAGUAUCUGGAUUUUUAUUUGAUGGAAGAACACACCCCUCCAGAAGGGCUUAAUGCAGGACUCGCUUCGGCAUCUGCGCGUCUACCGAAGCGCAGGAGAGUUGACGUUGCUUGCAACGCGUGUCGGCAGCGGAAAUCUCGCUGUGACGGUGUGAGGCCAGUUUGCUCAGCAUGCUCCCGCCUUUCUCUGCAAUGCAUGUUUGAGCAAAUCACACCCCCAGAGUCCGGGAAGACUGCAGAAAAGAGACCAACGUACGAGGAGUUAAGUCGCAAAGUUAAAGAAUUGGAGGCAAGACUUAACUCUCGUGCAACGACUGGUUCCCAUGCGAUCGAUACCCCUGCUCCAUCGGCCACAGAGGAGCACGUUGAGCGUUUGCCAGUCGAGGAUGAAGCAACUGUGGACGAGUUAGCGACUCAAGUCUUUAACGAGCUCCCGGAGCGAAAUAUCGGCUACUUCGGCGCCGCAUCCAACCAUGCCUUUGUGCGUACGCUUUCCGCGGCCUUUGCGUACCAAAUACCACUUAUGGUCCAGUCUCAGCAGCACGUAAGUCGCAAUCCCGGCCAGUAUCAUUCAAAUUCUUCGUUUCGUUCGCCUAGCCCUUCACCAGAGCAGACACGGAGGCGUCGGGAUGCGCACAGAAUCGUUGAGCCGUUUGUGGUCCCGCAAGAACAGGAACUGGUAGAAUUGUUGAAUCAUUUUUUUAUUACGACCGGUGCUGUGCUGCCAUUUGUGGAGAAGAGCGCCUUUCUUCCGCUGACGAAAGAUGCGGUAUGGCGAACGACGAGAUCGGGUCGCGCUCUACUGAAUAUCAUCUGCGCACAUGCAUCGCUAACUGUAAAUCCUACUAAUGCUGAAGACUUCUACGAUAGAGCAGUAGUGUUGUUGGAGGCGUAUACUCUUCAUGGAGCCAGUUUAGAACUUAUUCAAGCUUUGCUGCUACUUUGCAGCUUCCAGCAGAACACCCAACGCUCAACAAUAAGCUGGACAUAUCAUGCACUAGCAGUCAAAACAGCUAUCCAACAAGGCCUGCAUGCGCCCAGCUCAUACGAAGUACAUGGGGCGCAGAUGCGAGAGCUACGUAAAAGGCUCUGGUUUGGCGUCAUCAAUCAGGAUAGGCUUCUCAGCACCAGCUUUGGUCGCCCGUGUUUAAUACCAGCAGAACACGUCCAAGUUAUGGCCCCAACACACGAAGCCUUGGCUAUGGAGCAAAUGCCAUCCUUCUCUAAACAUCAUCACGAAGGCUUGUUGUACUUCAACUUUUUAACUUCGCUACAAGCUUUUCGAUACGAAGCUCUUGUAAAGAUUUACGACUAUAACAUCUCCAUGAAGUCGUCAACCGAUGCAAAAGAACUUGCAGUGAGCCGACUGAAACUAAUUUGUGAACUCGAGACGUGGCGUUCAAAUUGUGCGUUACACUUCGAUCUUCCUUCGUCCAACGAAGUCCAAACUUGGUCUUCACAGCUUUGCAAUUCGAACAGGUUUCGGAUACUCCUGAUGAUCCAAUUACAUGCAGUCACCAUGUUGAUUAAUGGCCCAUUCCUACUGAAUUGUUUGCAAACAUGGGAAGCAGAAGCGAAGCUCACACCGAAGUCGAAUCCACUUCUCGGAGCUCUGGUACAAAUGUUGGAGCAAGACAUAGAAGCGGCCAGCGAACUGCUCAAAGUUGUGUCACAUCUAGUGAAUCAUGCGCCAAAGUUCAUGUUAUCCAAUGCAGCAUGGUGGAUCUGCAAUUUCAAUGCUUUUACAGCGUCUUUGCACCUUUUCGGGACAAUGCUCAUACUUUACCGGGUUUCCUUCUCAGCUCACAUCACAUCCAUCGACACCUCCAUGGUUCGAAAGACACUUGAAUUUGGCCUUGAAGUGCUUGGUGCUGUUGGCCAGCAAAGCUUAAUGAGCUUAAGAGGUCGGCACGCACUUCACAAAUUUCUUCAUGUUUUUGAUUCUCUGACGUCGACUACGGAACAACAUGCGGAGCAUUCUAAUCUGCAAUCUAAUGUGAAGACGUCGAGUGCACCAACUGAGCUGGGAUUCGAUGAAUAUUACGCGCAGCUGGUCUCACAAUCCACAGCUGAUUAUUUUUCAAUGCCUCAUGCAAAUGGAAUGGAUUUCAUGAAUGCCGACUUUGGAUUAAAUAUCUUCAAUUUUGGGUAAUCUGCUAGUGACAAUCAGAGGGCAUGAAGGUCUUGCUGGCAAUUCUCGUCUGAUCUACUCCUUAAUUACGCGCUUGCGACCACUCCAUUGAAUCGCGAUGGUUGGAAUUACGCUUCCGACAAUAAUCAGCGCUGUAGUGAUUCCGCAACUACCAUCGAGUCCAACAGUACGAAGCAUUGGCGGAAACCCUGUCCAAAAUUAGUAUCAUCAGCAGCAAAAAAGAAUCAGCAACUUACAGAAUGGACCAAUAAAUCCCCAGGUCUGCCUAACGAAAGUUAUGAAAGUUCCCACGGAUGAAGAUUGCUUGGGAUAGCAGUCAACCGCGUACGUCACAAGCACCGUGGUCACAAUUUGCAUGCCAGCUGCGGCUAUGCCUGCACCAACGAGAGGAGUCACAUUCCAAUGCUGGCCGGCAUUGUUCAGUUGCACCAGGAAUACAAUAAUACCAACCGUAGCAAGGACGUAACCGGGGUAGCUAAGCCAAAGUCGAUAUUCCGGUUUGACAUUGUGAACCUUCUUACGCCGCUGAGCCAUCCAUUGAUCAGAUGCAGAACCUCCAAUUUGUUCCCCAAUAAGAGUGCCGAUGAUUAUGGCAAUAUUCUGCAGGCCAAUCUGCUCUGCGUUGAAGCCGAACUGUUCAACAAAGAGCUGGGGAAUUUCGAUGGUGAUGAACACUCCUGCGAGCAAGAAGACCAUAGAGUACGAAAAUGCAGGUAUCAUGACCCGCAUCCGAUAUACAAAUGUGAACGGUUUGAUGAAGUCCCAAAGAGUCAGAGGAGUCGUGUCGAUUCGUUUAAAUUUGAAAAGCGAAGUAGGCGUCCGACCGGGUACGUAGCGCGUUUCGUGGCCAAAGAUGAGAUAGAGGAGGAAUUGCACACCGUUCGUCUGCUCAACAUCUUAGUGUCCUUAGUCAAAAGAAUGACUUUUCUCGAGAUCCUUACGAUGGCUAGCACCCAAUAGAUCCAUCUAUAUCCAACUCGGGUUGCAACAAAUCCAAAUAUCAGAGGCGCUGUUGGCACACCAAGGCUGAUCAUCACAGUCCACAUGCCCAUAUAUCUCGCUCUUUGAUGUUUGAAGAAACACUCUGAGACGACUGCGC